GCGUGAAUGUUAUCUAUCACAGUCAGUAGACGUGCUGUCUAAUCUUCAUCUGUGAAAGGAGUCCGAGUUGUUAUAUUUUUGAGGAGGGUCUGGGGUGUGCCAACUUCAUGCCCUUGUAUAAAAGAGUGAUUCGUUUUGAAGCAGUUUACAGAAGUCAAGACCACUCUGAAACCAUGAGUCUCUCUGCCAAAGACAAAGCUGCCAUCAAAGCCUUCUGGGACAAGAUCUCCUCAAAGGCUGAGGAAAUCGGUAGCCAAGCUCUGUACAGGAUGCUGACUGUUUAUCCUCAGACCAAAACCUACUUUACCCAUUGGACGGACAUGAGCUUCAACUCUGCUCAGUUGAAGAAGCACGGAAAGACUGUAAUGUCUGGUGUUGAAGUGGCUGUCAACAAAAUCGAUGAUCUGACCAGCGGGAUGCUCAGCCUAAGCGAGCUGCACGCUUACCAGCUGCGUGUUGAUCCAGCCAACUUCAAGAUCCUCUCACACAAUUUGCUUGUGGUUCUGGCCAUCCUGUUCCCCACUGACUUUACUCCUGAUGUACACGUGUCUAUGGAUAAGUUUCUUGCUGCAGUGUCCCUGGCCCUCUCUGAGAAGUACAGAUAAACCCCUCUGCAGAGACCAGAACAGAGACCACCACACGCACAAUCUCUUUCUCAGAGCUUGU